CCAGCUAUGUUUUUAGCAUUAUGACAUGUCAACCUGACCUGUGUGUACUGUGUAAUGUAAAGCCAUCUAGUUAGCUGUGUAGCUUUUAAUACUUGGCAAGCCAGCAGUUUUUCAUAAAGUGAAAAUAACAGGCCUGCACCACAGCAUGUAGUUUAGUAGUUUGUGCAACUCGUUCGUAUGAACUGGCAGCUUAGGUAGCUACCCUUUGUUAGCAAAAGCUAACUCUGUUAAUUGAGGAGUGCCUGAUUCAACAGGAUCUCCACUUAAAUGUCCCGAGUCUCCUCAAAUGUCAUCUCCUCACAUGGCUAGAGCAAGGUAAGAUCUGAGGACACAGAAAGUACAGUUGGAACUGUGGAGCAAUCAGGACUAACAAGUGAGCUUCAGGGCUCAUGUCUGCUUCAACACUCCCAUCCACGACUUCUCACUGUAGAGAACGCCUCAGCAUGGUGAAGACAGCAAAGAUGGAGCUGCUGAGAGCGCUUAUCAGUGAGUGUUUGUCUGCAGCUGCAGAGGAGAUCUUCAAGAUAGCAGAAAGAACCAUUAUAGAGUAUGAAAAGGAAAUGUCCUGUUCAAAGUGGAUAGUGGACGGCCACCGCAGACUGCUGGAUGUUGCCAAGUCACAAAGUGAAGACUAUCUCCAGAUGUCUGCCACUGAUGUGAAGCUGCAGUCGGGUGAGCAGCAGCCUCCUGCCAGUAUCAGUGUGAGCUGGGAGGAACCAGACAACACCACAUUAGAGCCAACAGAAGACUGUUGCAACAUGAACAACACUCAUCCACAUGCCUCUCCUGCCAGUGAAAAUGAUCAAAAUGAUCGGGAGAUACUGAAUAAUAUUGAUGAAGAUGAUGUGAAGCAGGACUGCGAUCUGAAUAUGCCUUUUACAAUCCUCAAAGUGAAGAAACUAUUUAAAUGUCCCAUUUGCUUCAUUGGUUUUUCUUCCAAAAAGACAAUGGUACAACACGUCAAGACGCAUCCAGAGGACAAAUCCCCUUCUUACCAGUGCCAGUUCUGUGGCUGCUACUUCUGCCACAAGUCUGAAUUUAUCAUUCACACCAGUAUACAUAAAGGCUCCAAACCAUACAAGUGCCAAGACUGUGAAAAAAGCUUUCACCAGAGGGACAGUCUGCUUAUUCACAGGCAGAAACACACUGGGGAGAUACUAUAUCAUUGUUUUAGUGAAAAGGCGGAUGCAGAAUCUCGCCUCAAAUCAAUGACGGCUGCCAGUAACAUGGAAGAAGAGCUUGACCUGAGACAGGAUGAAUCUGGCAUUAAGACAUUUCCACUAACCAUCACUCCUUGUGACAAAAGUGAGUUUGAUCAGGAAUCUCUCCAGCCCCUGUGUCUGUACCAAAUCCAGACUGUUGAUGACAUAGAUAAGUUCUCAGCUGCACUUACAGUGGAUCACAUUAAAACUGAGCCAACUGGAGCUGAUGGUGGAGUAUCAGACAACAACACUGAGCAUCAGCUGCUCCUUUCAGUGAAUCCAGGUGAGCAUUGUGAAAGUGAGACAGAGCCCAACCAUCUCAGUAUAAAGACUAUCCUGCCAAGGAGACCUUCAGUAAAAUCCACUGAGCUCAUCAUGAAAUUUGAAGCAGGAACAGCACAGAAACCCUACAAGUGUCCUUGUUGCACCAAAUGUUUCUCCUUGACUAAGACUUUAAUAAGACAUGUAAGGAUCCACACAGAGGAAAAACCAUAUCAAUGCCAGUUUUGUGGGCGAAACUUCUGUCAGAAGUCAGAUCUGGUCAAUCAUACAAGGAUACAUACAGGGGAGAGACCCUAUCAAUGCCAAGAAUGUAACAAGUCCUUCGCACAGAAAGGCAACUUGGUGGUCCACAUGAGGAAACAUACACGAGAGAGACUUUAUCAGUGCCAAGAGUGCAGCUGUAGUUUUGGUCAGAAGUCAUCCUUAGACUGUCACAUGCAGUGCCACAGGUAGUUGAAAAAGUUUGUCACUUUGUUGGGACAGUGCCUUGGCAAUGGGGCUGGGUAUUAAAACUUAGUACUUUUGUGGUACCAACCAGAAGUGUCUGUAGCACCAGGGGCUAAACUGGGUUUUUUGAGGCAUUUGUAUCCAAUUAUAUUUUGGGGGUUAGGUUUGGGUGUGGUGUUUUCCAAGACCACACAGUGAACGGUUUACACCACAAAGGUACUUUUGUUGACCUCCAUUGUAUUAGUGAAAUUUCAAUUUGCAUAUCUCAAAUUUUUAAAAUUAGAUUUACUUUGGUGAUUAGUUAUAGUUCCAUACUUGCAGUAAUGCCACUACUACAUAUAUUAUAUUCAGGCAGCAGAACUGAACACUCCGUCAUAAUAAACCUGACACACCAGAACAAAUGUAAGGAUUCUUCGGGGGAAAUUAUAUUUUGACUUCAGGUGAAAAUAAAAAAGUAAGCAACAGCAUGAUGGAGCUAGACUCAUCCUGAACAUGGACAUAUUGCUCCCAAUGAUUUCAUUGUAGAAACUGUGAAUCUGUGGAUCAGCCCACAUGUUCACUGUAACGGCUGACCUGUUUACUGUAUCAAUUCAGCUGUUUAAUGUAACAGCUCAUCUGUUCACUGUGCUGAAAAGCAUUUAGGUUAAUAAGGCUACAGUCAGAUCACAAAGCCACAUUUAGCCAGAUUUAAAUCAUUCACAAAGUUACUACUGCUGUGACUCCGCAGCCCGUCUCUCCGUGUGGAGACACGAUGUGGGUCCUGCUACUUUGUAAUGACCACAGAUAUUUAAUACAGUCAAAGAAAAGGAGCCUACAUUGUUUUGGUCAGCUUGAGGCAGUGUCUGAAAGAGGAAGUGUCAAGCUGAUACUGUGAGAGUUGUCAUGCUGUUAUACUGAAGGAGAUGGAGUUGAGCUCUCAUAGGGUGUGAUUUGGAUGUCAAACGUUUGCCUGUUACAAAAAUCAUCUCGCCACAGGGUCAAUUAGUAGCUGUUCUGGAACUUUUGAUUGUAUCACAUGAUCUUCCUCAGCAGGUGAAGUUUGUCCAGUACAAUGGAAUCUUAGAUGUUUUUCUGAGCACUUCAAGGACUUCUUGAUGUUUGCUUAGAAGUUAAGAUUGAAACUUCAUUUACAAAAUAAUGAUUGUUUUAAAAUAAUUUUUCCAAAAUAAAAAAUGAACUUUGAAUCUCAGAUCAACAGAAGUCAAUAGAUGAAAUUUCCUUGAAAGAGUACUCCACAGAUUUAGCAUUGCUCUCCUGUAGCAUUGUCAGUCUCACAAUGGACACUUAAAAACAAAAAAACAAUUAAAACAAUGCAGCAGAACCAGAGAUACCUUUUUUGUUCCACAUAUUCUUCUUCCUACCAAAUCUUGGUGCCAACAUUACCCCCACAAAACAACUUGACCGCCAACAGUUUGGUCAGAGAUUCAGGGGAGUUAUGCUAGUAGUGGCUAAUGUAUCCUGGAGCCUGUAGCCUGCAACAGAGAUGAGGAGUGGGCUAUGGAGGUCCGGUCUAACUCCACAGCUCCAGAUUUUUUUUCUUUUCAAACUUGUAGUCUUCAGACCCAGCCCACGGUGACUCAAGUGACAUCACCUGAGGAUAUUUAUCAGACUUCACACAGCUC